UUAAAGUGGUUCCUGGCGAUGACUGUUCUUUCUCAUAUUUUACGAAAUAAAUCGCACUUUGCCGUCUUCUCAUCAAUCUUUGUGAGGAAGACAGUAAAGGUUGAAAGUUUUCCCAUCAUUUUCGUGGAGAUUUAGAAAAAAGGGGGUUUUUUACAGGAAAAAAUAACCGUUUGGAUUUGGAUCUUAAAAAUCAGCUGUUUUUUGAUACCUUCAAAGCCUUCAAAUGCGUGACGUCAGUGAAAAUUGUAAACAAAACGAGGUUUUGCAGUCAAUUCUUCGUCACGCGUUUCCAGUGAGUAUUUCGCAACAAAAUGAAGAAGAACCAGCGAAAGAUGACCAAGGAGUUCCGGAAGAUGAAGGUUCGCUGCCCGGACAAGCAAAGCAAGGCGGAAAACUCUGCCGAAACUGCAUCAGAACUGCACGAGGAUUCGGACGAAUCUUCCGCUGGUUCUGGCAGUGAUUCGACAUCCGAGAGUUCAGGUGGGGAGGAUUUGGGCUCUCCGCCCACCUUCAAAGUGGCCAUGUGGGAUCUCAACCACUGCGAUCCGCGGAAGUGUUCCGGACGGAAGCUCGCCAGGCACAGGCUGAUCCGGAAUCUCAAGCUUGGCCAGAGAUUUCCCGGACUCGUUCUCACGCCCAUGGGCACGAAAACUGUGAGUCCCGAGGAUCGUGAAAUUGUGCAGAACGCCGGAAUCGCCGUUGUCGACUGUUCCUGGGCGAAACUCGAUCAGACGCCCUUCGGCAAGAUGAAGUCUCCCCAUCCGCGCCUGCUGCCCUUCUUCGUGGCUGCGAAUCCCAUCAAUUACGGGAAGCCCUGCCAGCUGAGCUGCGUCGAAGCCAUCGCGGCCACGAUGUUCAUCACGGGAUUCAAGGCGGAAGCCAACUGGUACUUGAGCAAAUUCAGCUGGGGACACUCCUUCGUCUCCCUGAACGCCGAGCUGCUGGAGAAGUACGAGAAGUGCACGACGGCGGCGGAAAUCGUGGCCGCCCAGAAUGAUUAUCUGGAGAAUGCGCAGAAAGAACAGGCACAGAAGGCGCCGGAUUGGCCAGUUGUGGCAUCUUCGGAUUCAGAGGAGUGAAAGUGUGUCUUGUUUGCUUGUUUUUACACCCAAAUAUACACAAUUAUUGUGGAAAUCGCGGCUUUUUCUCCUUGGCUAAAUGUGAGGUUAGGACGUUUUGUUUUGUUU